AUGGCCGCAGGAGGAUUUGCCGCUUGCGUGACUCGCUUGGAUCGAUUCGGCUGCUUCGGCAACGAAGAUGAUCACGGCUUCGUGCGGCCUCCUUCCGAAGAUGUCCACGCCAGCGCAGAGGGCACGCAGCCCCUGCUGAGCCCAGAGGCGACGGAGGAUGCAGGCGGCAAUCCGUCGCCCAAAAGCGGGGGCAGCACGUCACCGAAGCGGCGUGCCCGGAGGUCAUCGGAAACCAUGCGCGAUGUGAAGCUGGAAGAGGCUAUUGCAGCCGCGGCGCAAAGUGAGGUGGUGAAACAGCCGCUUCUCCGACCGCCUCGCAGCGUCAAGGGCCUUCUUCUCGCCGGGUUCUGCAUGUUCCUGGGUGGCUGCGUGGGCGCUGCGGUCGGUUUCUUUGGCCUCUACCUGGAGCCGCGCUUGCUGAUGUCAAAGGAGUGCCAUGAAGUUGAGAAAAUCUCGAACAUGGGCCUGGACGCCGUGCAUUUGUACAAUCUGGUCCUCAGCUUCUAUUGUCACACGAUCCGGACAUCCGUCAUCCUUGAAACUAUGGCGCCAAUGGUCUUCGGCGCUGGAGGAGCUUUGGCAGCCCUCCGCCUGAGCUACGGGCAAGCUUAUUUCAAAGACUGGACAGAUGAGGAGUCUAUGGCAGAGCUGAAGAAGCUCUACUCUCAGCGCUCUGCUGGAGGCCUCUUCGUGCUAAGGUGCUGGCGUAUCCGUGUGGCUGCGCUCUUUUGCUUCCAGGUCAUCAUCAUGAUGUGGCUUCGCUACACAGUGGAUCUGGCCAUGGACGUGCAGGCGAUGACGAUCUUCAUGCAGCACGAGGAGAUAGCCUUCUUUCUCCUCAAUCUGGCGGGCGUUUUCUUGGGUUUCUUCUGGACGGCCUACGAGUUCUACAUGGUCAUCUCGUCCGGCUCGAAAAUCGGGCGCGCCGAGAUCUUCUUCGCAGGGCUCACGCUGCCAGUUCUGGGCCAGCACGUCACCUACCUGGCCAUCCUCUCCUUGUUCAGGGGAGAGGUGCAUCCUUUCCUCUUUGUCUCCACGCUUUCGGAGGCCAUUCUGGAGUCUUCCUUCUCCUCUUACAUCCAAACCUAUGCCGUCGUUUUCACCACCGAGAUGACCUGGACGCAGAAGAGCCAGCUCUACUUCUCUAUCUUCAUGUCCUUUGUCUCCAUCGGCUAUGCUUUUAGCACCAUCGACAUGCUUAAGAACGGCCGGAUGCUGGUGAAAAUUCCAGGCUUCUGCAAGAACUUCGAUGGCCGUUUCUUCACAGUCUUCUUCUUCCGAGUGGCCGAGAUCACGUCGCGUGCCACGUCACUGGCGCUUUUCCAAGCCAUCACGCGGCCAUAUGGCAUGUUUGUACUGAUCGCGGCGGAUGCCCUGAUCAUGGCCUCCCUCACCGUUUUAUUUCAAUCCCAGGUGGGAAAGUACACCCCAAUUGGCAGACUAGCCUUUGUUCGCCAGAACUUCUUCUAUGUGCUCCCCUCGGUCCUCUGCUGUCGAAUGGCGCCAAUGUUGGAGCAGGAUACCGUUCUGACUAUCCCGCCAUGGGCGUACUAUGCUGUGAGGUUGCUGGAGAUUGGAGCGAUGUUUGCUGUUUGUGGCCGAUGGCUCGAGUGGGAACUCGAGGCUGCACAGGAUCUCUUUGAGGAUGACGGCCUUGUGAUUGCUGGGUUUCUGACCAGCACUUUGGCUAUGUUCUUGCUUGCCAUCGUCAUCAGGACUGUGCUAAGCGUCAGAACUUUGAUGGACUCGCCGGUCUCGGACAUCUGGAGUAGUGCUGAGUUCAACAAUGUGCAGCAUGCGCUGAAGAACCGGAUCCUCAAGGACCACGACUCUGACAGGGAUGCUCUGGGGCUCAUCAUGAGGAUCCUUGAGACGGAUCCUGGGAUGAGUAGCUCAGCCUGCCGAUGGCACGCGAAGGAAGCAGGUCUGGUGCAGCCGACGGCUUCCUGGGAGGCCUGCUUCCUGCGUGCCAAGGUGACGAUUUGUAUCGGGCAGGCCCUGGCGGCCUUGGAGGGCUUCCGCGGCAGCCAGCGGAGCGACGCGCGGCAACUCGAGAACGACUCCCUGGUCACGCUGCGCGCGCCCGCCGUCGGGAGCCUGACGGUGAGCGGUUCCAAGCUUCUUGGGAUGAUGCCCAACGACCUCUCGCUGCAGAAGUUUGUAGUGGAGACCGUGGGGAACGCUUCGGAGGCUCAUCGACCUCUCUUCUCCGGUGAGCGUGUUCGGCUGCGAUGCUUAGCAACUGGACACCUCGUUGGGCUGGAGAGAUCUGCGGACCAGCUUGAGCUGAAAUGUCAUAAGCAUUGGGAGUCGGAGGAGGCCACGCUGAUGUCCAUGGUCUUGGUGCACGAAGAUACCUAUCGUUCCCCGCUGCGCUUCGCACAACAUGUGCGCAUGGGAAGUGGGUUAGAGGUCACCGAGCUGCGGCAGGCGCGACAGAAGGGGCAGAGCAGCAAGGGCUGGAACGGUUCCGGCUGGACCAUCCUGGCCAUCAACGGCGAGGUGGCCACUCGAGCCAUGGUGGAUGAGAUCCUGCAAGGUGCGAAGCGAUCACCCCGUGGCAAGUACGCCAAGAUGUCCUCCACCGUCUCGGACGGCGGCAACGACCUGGGGAACUCCAGGUUGCCUCAUGAAGCGGCUGCCGCCAAGGGCGAGUACAUCGUGCAAUUCGUGAGGGCCGCGGACAACUCGGAGACUCCAAUCAGAGUCGGCAACAAGGUCAUGCUGAAGCAUGCUGCUGGCUGGACCUCUGCUGCUGUGAGCUUCUCGCAGGGUAUGGACGCCAGCAAGGCAGUAGACGAGGAGGAGGAGAAGGAGGUCGCUGCCAAACCACAGCUUUUGGAGCAGUGUGUCGGCACUUCCUUUCUAGUGGAAGCCUCGGAGUACGGGAGCAAGGAUGACUCCAGUACUUAUCAGUGGGCUGCAAGUCAGAUUCACCUCCUUUCCGACAGCGUACAGCUGCAGACCUCUGCUGCUGAGAAGUACCGCACGCUGACAGUGGUAGCGUUCAAUGCGCGUACCACGGGCGUCGAUGGUGUGGCAGGAAUUCUGCAGUCUGAUCCCGAUCUGUAUGUCCGCGUCCUCUCGAGCUUGCUUCACCCGAUUCGCAACCAGAAGGACAUUCGGGUUGAGUACGAAUGCCUCGGGGACUUGUUGAUGGAGGUGGUGUUCAGUCCCGACGCCGACUCCGAUGUUGACCCGGUGAAAAUUCUGGCUUGGGAAAACAAAGAGGAUGAAGGCACCAUCGCCCGUAGCUCGGGCCUGCAGCUCGGGGACGAGCUCCUGGAGAUCGAGCUGCUGGAUGACCGGGAGAAGGAGGGGGCGGCGAAGAAGAUCAACAGCCCAGCAGAGAUGCGCGAGCUCCUUCAGGAAGAGAGCGAGGAGCCCGUCGUCCUCACCUUUCGGUCCCGUGGCGUCAGGGGAGAGGACAGCAGCGGAACGGUGAAGAAGGCCGUUUCCCAGGCCGAGGACAUCGCCACGCUUCUGCCCACUUGGAAGGAGAUCGCGGACAGUGGCAGAAGGAGCCUCCAGGAAGGGGACUAUGCAGAACUCAAGGAUGCCAUCUUGAGUCGCACCUUCCUCUUCCGAACCAAGUGUGACAUGGCCCUGUCCCUGAUGUCUGCCGGCUUGAACCUGCUCUACGACGACUUCAUCCCCAGCGCCCUGAAACUCCAUGAGCACUUCUCCCCGGCUCCAGAUUCGGUUCUCUUCUCCUACUUCCCGGGGCGGGAAUACGCGGAACUGCGCGAGGAGCUGGUGAUCGCGCAGUUGGAAGUUCUGACCAGUCUCUGGCGAAACCUACCGAGGAUCGUCAAGGAAGACAUGCCCGAAACCAUCCGGAAGCUCUUCCGCCCGGACAUUGAGCUCGAACUCAUGAAAGAUGGGGUCCUCGUGCUCAUGAGGCGGUGGGAGAGCGGCCGAGAGGUGAACCAGAGCAUGCCGGAGCCGUUGGUGAACUUCUUCGCUGCUUUCAAGCCUUCCUACGAGGAGACCCAGGCCCGGGAGCUGUCUAUGCUUUGGAUCACCCGUGCCUGGCAUGGGCAGCUGAUCCAACAGCAGCGGGUGCAGAGCCUCAUCGCGGACAUAAGUCGCCACUAUGAGGCGGCAGAGUACUUCUGGGAGCACAAGGUGAAGGAAGCACUGGAUCGUGCCGAAGAUGCCCAGCGAAAGUUGGAGGAGGCGGUGAAGAAGGAGCAGAUCCGCGUGCUCCUGUGUAAUUCCGUCCGCGACCUUGAAUUUGUGAAGUCAAAGCUGCUACCGGAGACCUUGAUGCUCAAGGAGGACUGCAAAAUCGGCAUCUCCAACGUCCCCAAGGGGAAGUGCUUGAUCUGGAGCCAGGGAGCAGUCGGGGAGCACUUCAAGACACUGGCGAAUCCAGACUUCCCCAAGAUCCAUGACGAGCUGCCGAAGCUCUACAAGGGCAAGGAGGUCCGCAUCCUCUUCUCUGGCCGUUACUUCGACACGCAGCACGAAGAGGCACAGCAGGCGUUGGACAGCCUACAGCAGUACAUCUCCCUGGCGAGGCCAGCCGGGGAGGCCUUCCCCGCCGUCAAGCAGAUCCUGCAUGAGAGGUCUGAGACUCUCCACAAGAGCCAGCUCUUCAAGAAGGACCAGGAGGCUAAGAGAAAGCUUCUCCUCAAGGAGAAGGAGCUCCAGGAGACCAUGCGCGUCGCAGAACGCCGUCUCAUCGAGGUUGAGAGAGAGAAGCAGAUCAUCGCCAAGAAGAACCAGGAGUUGGAGGAGGCCAAGGCAGAAGUCGUGGACGAGCUCGUCAUGACUCAGAAGUCACUGAAAGAUGGCGGUAAGGAGACUGUGAAGGAGCUCUAUGCGAAGAAGAGACAGAUGGAGGCUGCGCUGAAGGAGGUUGGGGACUUCUUGGACAAACAGAAGAGUGCUCGGGGUCCGGCCAAAGCCGCCGACCUCACUCGCCUCAUCGACCUGGUCUCCUCGGCGACUGCGUAG